AUGUAUGAAUGUCCAAAGUGUAACGAGUUCGAUAAACUCUUAACAGAAACAAUAACGAUGAAAGAAAAUUACAAGAAGGCAUUGCAUAGACAACACGUGUUGGAAAAGGAUUUACUCAAUAAGAAGGACAAAGAAAUCAAAGAACUUCCCGGUUCACUUGAACAUUUGUUGGUGGAGAGCAACAAUAAACAUAGAAACCAUCCAAUCAAAGAUUAUUAA